AUGCCCCGCUCAACGGCGCGUCCUCUGGGACAUCAGAACUUGUCUCUCGAUAUGAUGCCUGUUAUUGCGGCAUCAUCAUCCAACGAAACAACUUUCUACGUGUACCUCUCAAGCGAAACAGACUCAUGGGGCAUAACUGCGCCGUCUAAUACUGCGGAUCCGACAACUUGGCCAGUGCAAUGGGCGAUACCACCGCAUUAUGAGAAGAAUAAUGAAACACCGAGGAGUAGCCCGUUGAUGGCAGUCACUGACUGCCAUCGUGCACGCAUCCCUGUCAAUAGCUGUUUAAUGCUCGAAACCAUCCUCAGCCCAACCUUCUGCGUCCAGGCGGCAGCGAACAUAUCACGCUCGAGGUUUAACGCGUGGACAGCAAUCACAGCGAAGCAAGCAAGCAGUGUUAUCGCCCGCGAAGGUCGUCGUCAUAUUAAGGACUUCCAGGCCAACGAGGUAAUUUUGACCCAGCGCGUCAGUUUAGUGAUGUCAUUUCGUGCACCCACAUUGACCGAUUUCGUAGUCCGCUCGGCAUUUCGAGGGCACAAAAUACAACCUGUUCCAAAGCCGCUGGAUGCUAUGGUAUUCAUUCGAGUUCAUGCAUGGGGCAUCAAGAUUUGUGCCAGACGAAGUGAUGCACGUGAUGUAGGGAUGUACGAGCUACUUAGUACUAGGCAACUUGAAUAG